UUGUUGAAAGUUUUGGAUUUGCUGACGAGAUCAGGAAACGAACUUCUGGUGCAGCUAUCCCACAAUUAAUUUUCAGCGGGUUUGAAAUGUUAGAUGAAGAUCCAUUUUGGGUACCAACAACCGAGGAAGAGCUUGAAGAUUUAGGAGAAAAAUCAGAUAGAGAGAAUCUUGCGAAAAAAUAUAUGGAAAACGUGAGGAAACGCAAGGGAAUGUUUACGGACAAGAAGAUUGUUGAGCACGCAGAAAAACAACGCACACUUAAGAAGAA